AUGCGUAGAAAUCCAUUUGGGAUGGACAUUUGCUGUCGGAAGGGAUCCAGAAGCCCACUCCAGGAGCUGUAUAAUCCCACCCAGUUGUCCAACACAGCAAUCCUUCAUCAGAUUAGACGAGACCAAGUGACAGACACAUGCCGAGCAAACAGUGUAUCUAGCAGGAAACGCCGUGUGCUGACACCUAAUGAUCUCAAACACCUGGUCGUGGAUGAAGACCAUGAAAUGAUCUAUUGUUACGUUCCCAAAGUGGCCUGCACAAACUGGAAGAGAGUCAUGAUGGUUUUGACAGGAAGAGGCAAGUACAGUGAUCCAAUGGAAAUACCAGCCAAUGAAGCCCAUGUGUCUUCAAAUCUGAAGACCCUCAACCAAUACAGCAUCCCAGAGAUCAACCACCGCUUGAAAAACUACAUGAAGUUCCUGUUUGUUCGCGAGCCUUUCGAGAGACUGGUGUCGGCCUACAGGAACAAGUUCACCCAGAAGUACAACACCUCCUUUCACAAGAGAUACGGCACCAAAAUCGUAAGGCGCCAAAGGAAAAAUGCAACCCAGGAAGCUCUGCGUAAAGGCGACGAUGUGAAAUUUGAGGAGUUUGUGGCGUAUCUCAUCGACCCACACACCCAAAGAGAGGAGCCCUUCAAUGAGCACUGGCAGACUGUGUACUCCCUCUGCCACCCCUGCCACAUUCACUACGACCUCAUAGGAAAAUACGAAACGCUCGAAGAGGAUUCAAAUUACAUCCUUCAGCUCGCGGGAGUAGGCAACUACCUGAAGUUUCCCACCUAUGCAAAGUCCACGAGAACUACUGAUGAAAUGACCACAGAGUUCUUCCAGAACAUCAGCUCGGAGCACCAAACGCAGCUGUAUGAAGUCUACAAACUUGAUUUUUUAAUGUUCAAUUACUCAGUGCCAAGCUACCUGAAAUUGGAAUGAGGGAUGGGUUGGGGGGAGAGAGGGGAAAGAAAGCCUGUUUUAUUUAAGAUUUUUAUUUGUCAUAAUAAAUAUGGAGAAUGGGUUAUUUUGUAAAUUAAAUAUUUUCUUUUUUGAAUGAUGCUGCGAGCAGCACAGUCAAAAUUAUUUAAAUCAACUGUAAGAAAGGACAGCUCUCUUUGCAGGGUAACAGCAUUGUGACGAUCUAGCUGUAGAAAUGAAUAAUACUGCUACACUGUUUUAAAAAUGUUAAUUGUGUUCUGGUGAAUUUCACUGAUCUUGCAUUCCUCAAAUUCUAACUAAUGUUAUUUAUACUUAUUUAAAACAUGGUCUCUUGGUAGGUUUCACUUUAGCAGCAGAAAUGAGAUAGCAUUUGGACAAAAGGAAUCUGGUUUUGUACUUUCCUCGUGUGAGCUUGCCUCUGGAUGUUAAUAUUCUUCCAUUAGCCUUUCGUGCAGGCAAAUACGGGAGUGGUUGUUGAUACCACAUAUUUCGAAAAUACUGGCGGAAGUAAUUUCUCCAGACAAUGAUAUUGCGCUUAAGCAUACUAAAAGGCUAUCUUCCUAGCCCUGAAAGGGAAAAAUAAAUCAGAUUUGUGAUAGAUACGUGAUAUCUAAAAUUAAUGACUGAAAGCAAUGUGAAUGUAUUCCUUGGAAAGAGAAACCAUGAACUUUUUAAUCUGGUCCUAAUAAUUUUGUCAAGAAUAUAAUGAGAGUCCCAGUGUCUCAUAAUUCCCAGCCUGCCAGCCCAACUGAAUGCAGAUUUGCAUCCAGAAUUGGAUUUGUGGGUGCUGCAUCAGGAAAAAAAAAGCAUUUUGACAGUGACUAUGGAGAUUUUUGAAUGCCUAAAGCAAAAGACGCUUAAUCCGUAUCCAGGAUUUGGAGGAUGAGGGCCUCCCACCUUCUGAAAAUCAUGCCUUCUUAACCAAUGGGCAAUCAGAAUUGGCUAACGUGCGCCAAAAAUACUGAUCAUAAUAUGUUCCUAUAAAGGAUGUGGGCGUGUCAUUUAAAAAGUCAAAACGUCCUCUUCAUGUUGACCUCAAAGCAUACAAGGCAAUAAAAAAGGUCUCUAAUCUUCCUACAUGCUGGUUUCAUGGCUUGUUUUUCAGUUGAUGCUGAAAUACCAUUCACAAGUGUGUUUCUAAUUUCCAGUGAGUUAAUAUUCCAUCUACAUUAAUUCUAGUAUGAGAAGAUGACCUUUUCCCAUAAGGUGAAUGUCUCAGUAGCAGUUGUCUUUACAAUAUUUGUUGGGAUGGCAGAUUGUACAAGUAGUAGAAUACCGAGCAAUUGUUUUGAACAGGCGAGUGAGUUGUUCACAGCAAAUAAGUAAGGAAAAAAGAUGGCAUUUUAAUGUGGAACUAUUAGCAAAGUUCAGUGAGCAGAGGCUGUACAGGCUUCUCCAAAUGUUUACUUUAAUUUGAUGUAAGUGAGAUGUACAACCAGGGGGGCAGUAGGAGUGUGACUGGGGAAAUGGUCCAUACCUACAACCAAGCUGGCCUGACUAGUUUAGUGAACCAGCUCGAUAGGUGCUUUCACCUGGCUGAUGCAGAAGCGAGAAGCCAGAGCAGAAGCGUCUGGCUGAGUAACAGAUGCCAGGAAUGUGCUUCUUGGUUCUCAGGACGACAGCCUGUGUUUUCACCACCAAAAAACUACAGCGUUCCAAAAAAUCAAGGGGCAGUUUUGAUUUUGCGAGCCUUCAUUAACCUGAAAUUUUUUUCUGGCAAACAAAAGAGAGGUAAUUGGCAAAAGGAUGCAGAGGCUUAAGUCGAGAACUUUACGGGAACCUAAAAUCUGUUUUACAGUUGUUUGCUAAAUUGGGGUUUUUGAAUUGCAAUCUUCCUAUGAGCAAAUCCAACAUUUCUAAAAAUUAGUCAAGAUUUAGAUAAAUUCUGCUGAAGGUAGAGAGCUGUUUUGACAGGUUCAGGACCAGAUAAAAAAGUCCUAGUGUACUGUAGCGGAUAGUAUGCAAUGAAUUACAUUAGCCUCCAAGACACAUACAUGGUUAAAGGAGAAAAAAUAGGAUCCGUCUUAUUUUAUAAAAAUAAGUCUCAGUGAAGAACAGAUUAGCAUAACAAACAACAGCUAAAGUCCUUUCACAAUUGUAUUUGGUCUUACCCAGGAUUUGGGUCAUUUUUUUUUUUAUCAUACCCUACAUAUAAAUCUCUCAUCCAUUCUGGAACAGGCACAGUUUUUAUAACCCAGGUCCUAUUUAUAAUCUAGAAGACUAACACAAUGGCUAGUAAAGAACUCGCUGUCUAAAUUUGACAACUCUGAAUUCCUAAGUGGUUUCUGAUUGCUGACUAGUGUUUUUACUUGAAAGCAGUUUUGUCUCAUUUGCAGUAUGUGGAGCUGUUGCAAGUGCCUAUCACAGUGUGCCCUGUUUUUCUGUUAUUUGUAGUUCAAUGGUUUGUUAAAAGGAAAAUCUGUAUGAGGGUAGAGUUCCCCCCCUCCAACCCCGCACCCACCAUUUCCAGCAAGCUAUUUAUUUGCUUGUUUGGUGUUGUAUCCAGCAGUGCUAAUGUUUUGGUCCAAUUUUAUCUUCAGUUAUCUGUUAGUCCCCUCCCACCACAUCUGAUUUAAAGUUUUUCAUUUAAGAAAAAGAAAAAUCACUUCAAAAAGGAAAUACUUAAAAAUGGGGUGUGCUUUCCCUCUUCUUUUUGUACUUUUUGCUUAUCUCUGUCAUCACCGCAUGGUUAUCUGUUCUUAAAAAUUCUCUUUAGCUUGACUGCUUUGGAGACACAAAAGCAUAUUUGACAGUUGUGAUAGAAAAGCUGUAGGCAAAAAGCACGUUGAGCAGCUCUGAGGGGUAUGUGCUCUUUGAGCUGGGUUUUUUAACAGCAUCUUUGGGUUUGGUUACCCACCUCUCUGCAGAGGCCUGGCAUACAGGUGUACGCGCAACCCUGAAAUGGCUUUUAUGCAGUCUUACAUGGGUACUUAGAAAUCACUUGCUUUUUAAAAAUCUCGGUCCCAAACUACUAAAAACUGUUGAUUUCGCAUGUUGUAUCUGGAGUGCCACAUAUUGGUUGUGGCUUUUUGUUGAAAAUGCACAACAGACAUGUAGGAUGAGAUCUUGUCCUGCAUGCUGAACACAGAGCCCUACGUAGGUCUAACUAGAGAAGUGUUGGGUAGUAACCUUUUUUUGACUACUGGAUGUGCUGUUUUGACUGAGCCAAAAGAUGCUUUUUUUCCACUGACCCUCAUAGGCAGAUCUGCAGGGACAUACCUCCUCAGCUUAGAGAGCUGGCAACCAGCUGUUUUACAGGGAGAAGGCAGGCCAAGGAAGCAAGUUUCUGUUAUCCCAUCUCUUCAUUACUUCUCCAGCCUGGAGGAAUAGGGAUCGUUGGCUGCUGAGCUCCGACUCGUUCCCAUGCCCACCCUGGAGAGAUUAAUUUUUGCUGUGGGCACAGCUAGUCCCAGGAAAAGAAAAGCCAAAACGCUAUCCACAGCAAAAUUCAAAAUACACACAAGGCUGCAAGAGACGCUUGGGGAGCUGCUAUUUUAGAACAACAUAUACUGGUUAUGGUCAAGUAAUGGUGAAACUAGAGAAGAACAGCUGGGGACUGUCCUAAUCCUCACCGCUGCUACCAGCCCCCUCAAAACCAUUGGACCUUAAGACAGGUGAGACCCGUAUUUGCACAGCAGGUGCUUCCCCAUCAGCUCUGCAGGAAAAUCCUUUGGCAGGGCCAGUGCUGAGCCCAGAGGCACUCGUCUUUCCUUGCAGAGGAAGAUACCGACAGCGGUGGGUUCGUUUCUCCCAAAGAGCUCCAAGCAUGUCAGCUUGGCUCCCAGUUGGGAUUUGGCCCAUCUGAACACGGUGGUGAUUUCUGGGGAUUGGGGGGAAAUGUUGAAUCUGAGUUCUUCCUUGCUUCAGCCCCUUUAUAAAACAUGUCCAUUUUCACAAAAGCUUACAAACUGCCUGAAUCAUGCAUUGCAUAAGACGUGUGAAAUAAUCCACAAGCAGAAGUGCUUUUAGAAGUCAGUUGACCCCAGAUGUUUUAGGGUUUCACUGUAGUCUGCUGCACUUUUCAGGUACAAAAAGGGACUGUCCUUACUAUUACUCUUGUUACAGAGAGUGUUAUUUUCUUACAUGCAUGCACAAUAAAAUGUGUACGAAUAAUUUAACAUCAAUGUGGGAUUGAAUUUUUUUUUUUUUUUUACUUAUUUGUAUGCAGUAGAAGGCUUGUUGUAGAAGAGUAUCUCCUCAUACCUAAAUAUACUGUUAAUAAAGAAAAAAGCUAAAUUAUA